GUCAGGGUUGCGUUCUUCAACCUCGGCACUCUGGAGGUGUCGCGAGAUACCUUGCAGACUGGUGUUAGCGAGGACAGCACAAACGUGGAUGAGUUCUACGUUUUCCUCGAGAAGGGCAGAGGUGCAAAGCUCGGCUUAGACGUGGCAGCUUUGCCGGAUGGAAGUCUCCAGGUCACUGCUGUUGGCCGGGGACUGGUGCAGGAGUGGAAUCAUCUCAGCUCCUGCACGAGCUCUGUUCGAGUUGGUGACCGCAUGAUGCAAGUAAACAGCGCCUUCGGGAACUCCGACAGCCUCUUGGAGGAAUGUCGGAAGAAGAGCAGCCUGAUGAUUCGCUUUCGUCGAGCGAACCCGGAUAGCACGCCAUGCACAAUACAUCAGUAG